AGAUAAAUAUCAUAGGUAGUGAAGCAAUUAAACGAGCACCCAAUGAAUUAAAAGCAACCAAGAAUUAAGCCAUGAGUACUCCUCUCGUGUUGCUUCCGUUCCUCUUCAUCGUCCAGUUAUGGCCGGCAGUGGCAACAUCAAUGUUGCCAUUGACAAAGCCCAAUUGCACUUCUAUAUGUGGUGGUGUCCAAGUUCCCUACCCCUUUGGGUUAGGAGCUGAUGAAGAGUGUUACAGACGUGUUUUUAAGCUAAUCUGCAACGAUAGCUACAACCCUCCAAAACUGAUCAUGGGGAGAAACGUGGAAGUUAUCAAUAUUUCAUUUCACGGCCAAUUGACUGUACUUUCUCCUGUAAAUUUCGAAUGCUACAACAAGUUAGGUGUACGGACUGAUCGGAACAAAAUUUCAGGGAAAUCAGGGAGCCGCACCCAAUUCACCCUCUCUGACACACAGAAUAAAUUCACGGCUCUGGGUUGUGACACCAUCUCUAACAUCACCGGUUCCAAUGGCAGGGAUUUUCAGAGUGGGUGUAGCAUGAUUUGCAGCAACAAGUCUGAUGUGAUCAAUGGCUCCUGCGCCGGCAUAGGGUGUUGCCAGACCUCAAUCCCAAAGGGCUUCGCUAACUUCAACAUAUCUCUUAACAGUUAUGAGAAUCACACAAAGGUGUUUGAUUUCAAUCCCUGCAGCUACGCUUUCAUCGUUCAAGAUAACUGGUUCAACUUCUCAAACUCAUAUCUCUCCAAAUUCACAAGUAUAUAUAAAAAUGGUAAUAUGGAAUUGGUCCCUCUAGUGUACGACUGGGCAAUAGAUCUCAAGUCUUGUGAAGAAGCUGAGAAAAACCAGAUUACUUACGCAUGCAAAAACAAAAGCGAAUGUGUCACCUCCAAGAAUGGUCUUGGCUAUAGUUGCAUUUGUUCCAAUGGUUACGAAGGGAACCCUUACCUUCAAGACGGAUGCCAAGAUGUGAAUGAAUGCAAAGUUGCCACUACUCAUAACUGCAGUGAAAAUGCUAAAUGCAAGAAUAGGGUUGGAGGUUACAGCUGCCAUUGUCCAUUGGGCUUUCGUGGUGAUGGUUGGAGAAAAGGAACUUCAUUGUACGGUGCACUGAGAAGAGGAAGUGGGUGUAAGGACAAUAUCAUACCCCUUAUUGCAGGUAUCAGCGCAUGCUUUAUAGUUCUACCUGUCAUUAUAUGGUUUUUGUAUUGGGCAAAAAAGAAAAGAGAACGUAUGAUACUUUUUCAAGAAAAUGGAGGUAAACUAUUGGAGCAACGAAUAAAGUCGAGCGCGCAUAAAGGGGUCAAAGAAAAUUUUAGGUUUUUCACCAUUAAAGAGGUAAAGAAGGCAACUAAAUAUUUCCAUGAUAAGAAUGAAAUACACAUCCAAGGAGGGUUUGGUAGGAUUUUUAGUGGAAAUUUACCAAAUGGGAAAGCAAUUUCCGUUAAGAGAUACCCAUUGGAGAAAAGUGAGAUGAAAGACCAGAUUAUACAGUUUGUUAAUGAGGUUGAUGUUCUUUCUCGAAUCGAUCACAAACACCUUGUGAAGCUCUUGGGUUGUUGCCUAGACACAGAUGUUCCAAUGUUAGUUUAUGAGUACAUCUCCGAUGGGAAGAACCUAUCUGAACAUAUCAAGGAAGCCACUAUCUCAUGGGAAGAUCGCUUGAGAAUUGCAGCAGAAAUGGCCGACGCACUUGACUAUUUGCAUUCAGAUUCAGUACCUGUCUUUCAUGGGAAAUUCCAAUCUUCUAAUGUAUUGCUAUUUGAAGAAAAUGAGGAUGAAAAUUCAAAAACAUUGGUGGCUAAAGUAUCUGAUUUUGAAGCUUCAAGAUUGGUUCCUUUGUAUCAAACUCAAAGGAUGACAAAAAGGGAAGGGAGUACUAAAAGUGUUGAACUUGAAGGAACUGAUAAAAGUGAUGUUUAUAGUUUUGGAGUUGUUCUAGUGGAGCUUUUGACUGGGGAAAAGCAAGAUUUAUCAGCUUUUGUAGCUUCACUAGUGCAACCAAAUAAAGAAGGUAAGAAUCUUUCUCAUAUUCUUGAUGGACGAAUAGCAAAUUAUGCAAAGGAAGAACAGCUCCAGGUAGUUGCUGAGAUUGUAAUAGGCUGCCUCAAGGAUAAAAGUGAAGAUAGGCCCACAAUGAAGGAAGUUGCAGAGAAGCUUCGGCAUUUUAAUCCAGCUACAAGUUCUACUACAGCUUGAAAUAAGCUGCUGACGACCUUUGCAGAAAAAAAUGUUGCAUCAUUGCAGAAGAAGCUCAAAAUGGUUGGAAUGAUGGAAGUGGUGAGGCCUGCUAUUGAGUUUGCACGUCAAGGUUUACUGUAUUCUUGGAUGCUGAAGGAGUUGUAGAGCCUUUCUUUCUUUUUUUUUUUUUUUAUAUAUAUAUAUAUAUAUAUAUUUUUUUUUUUAGCUCUUUAAAAUGUUGUUAAUCUGUGGGCUGGGACUUUAGGCAUGGUGGCUUAGGUUUUAUAUGCUAGUUGGUUUGUUUUUUAAUCUAUCUUUAUCUUAUGAUGUGAUUGUCCAUGUGUGAGAAAUAUUCACAAUUUGAAAGCUUUGGAUUUAUUGUUGGUGAGGAUUUUUUAGUCUGGGUCUUUUUCUCGUUGGUAUUAUAACUCAUGUGAUCAAUAAUAGUUAUUUUUAUUUUAGUUGGUA